AUGGCCAAUGUAUUCAUUCAAUUUUUAGUUGAUGUUGAAAAUGGAGAUUUAGAAGGUGUUAAACGAAAUAUUGUAAAUGGAAUUAAUUUAGAAACUCGUGAUGAAGAUCAACAAACAGCACUUAUUUUAGCUGCACGGUGUAAUUAUGUUGAAUGUGUAAAAGCUCUUCUUGAAGCUAAUGCUGAUGUUAAUGCUGAAGAUGUAGAUAACUGGACAGCAUUGCUCAAUGGAUGUCAUAAUGGAAAUUUAGAAAUUGUACGUGCACUUUUAGAACGUGAUGCACUUAUAGAACAUUAUGAUUGUGGACAUUUUACUCCAUUAAUGUGGGCAUCAUAUCAAGGACAUACAAGAAUUGUUGAAUAUUUAUUAACGUGUGGUGCUAAUGUUGAUGCUGUAGACGAACAUGGUAUAACAAGUUUAAGUUGGGCAUCAGGACGUAAUUAUGUGAAUAUUGUUACACUAUUACUUGCGGCUGGUGCUUCACCGAAUCUAUGCGAUAAAAAUAAUACAACUGCAUUAAUUUGGGCUAGUAGACGAGGUCAUACAAAAGUAGUGGAAUUAUUAUUAAAAUAUAAUGCUAGUGUUAAUAAUAUUGGAAUGAAAAAUAUGACAGCACUUUUAGCUGCUACAAAAGGUGGUUAUUCAGAAACAGCUCUUUGUCUUCUUGAUAAUCGAACAAUUGAUAUUAAAAUACAAGAUAAAGAUGGACAAACACCAUUGAGUCAUGCAUGUGCUCAAGGCAUGACUGAUGUUGUUGCUGAACUUGUUCGACGUCAUGCAUAUGUGAAUACAGUUGAUAAAAAUGGUGAUCCAGUUCUUUUUUCAGCUGUUAAAGGUGGACAAGAAGAUUGUGUUGCUAUUCUACUUGACAGUCAUGCUGAUAUAGAUGCAAUUGGUGCCGACAAUAAAACAGCUCUCUGGUGGGCUGUCGAACGUGGUCGAGUUAAUGUUGUUAAACAUUUACUUCAAUAUAAUCCUGAUGUUGAAGUAUCAGGUGGUCCUGAUGAUGAUACACCAUUAGUAUUAGCAACAAAACGAAAACGUGUUGGUAUUGUUUAUGAAUUAAUCAAAUAUGGUGCAAGAUUAUCAUCUGUUGAUCGAUUUGGUGAUAAUAGUUUACAUAUUGCUUUGCGUAAUCGUAGUCGAGAUAUUGCUGAUAUUCUACUUUCUAAUCCACGACAUGCCAAAUAUUUAUAUCGACCAAAUAAACAUGGUGAAACACCAUAUAAGAUUGAUGCUAGUUUACAAAAAAGUAUACUUACAACGAUCUUUGGACAACGAACAUUAAAUUUAAAUGAUGAUUCUAUUCUUGGUUAUGAUCUCUAUUCAUCAGCAUUAGCUGAAAUAUUAAGUGAACCAUCACUUCGAACUCCAAUUACUGUAGGUUUAUAUGCGAAAUGGGGUAGUGGUAAAUCAGCUUUAUUAACACAUUUAAAAGAUGAAAUGCACAGUUUUGCUCAAUUAACAGAUUUUCCUAUAAUAAAAUUUUCACCAUUGUUACUCUCUGUUAUUAUUAUUAUUGCUUUAAUUGUUGGUCUAAUCACUGGUUUUUUAAUUCAUUUUAUUGUUGGUAUUUCACUGGGUGUAGCAUUAAUUAUUGUUCCUCUUGUACUUCUCUUUAUGAUUCAAUAUCUUCUUCGUCAUAAAGAUUAUCUAUGGACAGCAAAUAUAGCACAAUUUAUAAAUAAACGUUUAGAAAUUUUACGAUUUUUACUUCAAGUUCUUUUUAUGAAUCCUUAUGCACGUCGUGGUUUAAAAAUUAAUGAUACAAUUGAUUGUAGAAAAAUGAAAUUUAUUUUUACUGAAUAUGGAAAAGUAUCAACUGCUGAUGGUGAAAAAGCUAGUGCGGGUAUGAUUGCGGAACUUGCUGUUAGUGUUGAAGAAACAUUUGGACUUGUAGCAACACGUCUUUGUCGAGCACUUCAUUCCAAAGAUACAAGUCAUCAUAGAUUUCGACAUAUUUGCUGUGUACCAGCAUUUAUUAUUGUUAUUAUUCAAAUUUCUCUUAUAUUAACUUUAAGUAUUUUAACAUUAGUAAAUGGUGUACCAUCCAAUCAUCGUUCAAUUAAUACAAUUUAUAUUGUACUUACAAGUAUUUUAAGUACAUCAAUUGCACUUAGUUUUGGUACAUGGUUUCGAUUAAUAAAAGGUUUAAUGAGAUCACCAAGAUCAAAAAUAAUUAAAUUUUCAGAUCGUUCAUCACGUUUAAAUGAAACUUCACUUUAUCGACUACGAAAAGAAGUUAGUCAAUUGUCAUACAUUAUUAAAACUGUUGAAGCUUUUCUCAAUAUUAAUACUCGUCUAGUUGUUCUUAUUGAUGGUUUAGAUGUAUGUGAACAACAACGUAUACUUCAAAUACUUGAUCAAGUACAUGUACUUCUAACAAAAGAAAAUGAUCCAUUUAUUACAUUAAUUGUUUGUGAUCCACAUAAGAUGAUGCAAGAUAUGACAACCACAACAACAACAGCAUCAUCGCCACCACCACAACCAACAACAAUAUCAUCAUUAACUCAAAGAUCUGGUUUUGAUACAACUGUAAAUGGUCAUGAUUAUUUAUUAUCCAUUAUUCAACUUCCUAUUUAUUUACAAUUAAAUUUAAAUCGAACAAAAUUAUUAAAAAAAGAGUCCGAUACUUUUCCAAAAAGAAGACGUGGAACACUUACAACUGGUACGUCAGUUCUUGAUGUUAGUGCACAACCACCAACAACAGCUCAAAAACUUUCAAAAAAUAAACGUCGUCGACAACGACGUGAUACAUUACCAAAUACUAAACCAGUAACAACAUCUGAAUUAACUCAUCAAUUACUUCAAUCGGAUUAUUUUCUUGAUAUCAAUCCAAGAAUUCUUCAACGCCUUAUUAAUAUAAUUGCUAUGACAGGUCGACUUUUACGUGCUAAUCAAGCAUUAUUUAGCUGGAAACGUCUUGGAUGUUGGUCUUAUUUAGUAGAACAAUGGCCAUAUCGUAUUACAUGGAUUAUUGUAUAUUAUGAAGAUCAUGAACAAGAUUAUGGUGAAGAUACUGAACUUAAAACUCUCUAUAACAAACUUAAACCAUUUAUACCAAUAUCAAAUGAUCCUCUAUUAGAACUUGAUCGUAAUGGACGUAAAUUUGAACUUUGUAUUGAACGUAGUGAACCUAUUUUAAAUGUAACUGAUCUUAAACAAUUUCUUCCAUGUACAUGUAAUCUUGAUCCAUAUUUAAAUAAAAUUAUUCGAGAAUCUGCAUCAUAUUUUUAUAUGAAAAAUUCUGAUCAUAAUGGUUUUAUGAACGGUGACCCUUCACGAUUUUUUCCUCGUCAUGAUCCAACUUAUGAUGGACAUAAUGGUUAUUAUCAACCAGGACCAUAUUCAAGACAUAAAAAUAAUUUUUAUCCGAAAUUCAAUUUCGGAAAUGUAUACCGUCCGUAUACACAUAUUCCAAUGACAAAACAAGAGAAUGAUGAUGAUAUGCGUCUUCGAACAUCAUCUGUUGCAUCAUCAACAAUGCCUAUAAUACAACCUUUAAUCGAACAUCAACAACAACAACAACCUUUAUCAAAUAAUCCAUCAGCAAAUGUUAAAAUCGAUUUAUUGCCAUCGUUAAGUGAAAUGACAGUGAAUGAUAUAUGUGACUGUUUAAAAACUGAUAUUACUGGUUUAAAACCAACGAUGAUACCAAUCUAUAUUCAAGAUUUAAAUGAAAAUAAUAUUAGUGGAAGAGUUUUAGCAACAUGUCAAUUGGAUGAACUUAAACAGAUUUUAUCGAUGGCAUUUGGUGAUUGGAUACUUUUUAGUAAUUGGAUACGAGCAAAACGAGAAGAAGAAUUACGUUCUCAAUUUCAUCAACAAACAUUAUCUACAUCAAAGUCUAAAAUUAAUGAUCAUCAAAAUUUAUCAAAUAAUGAUACUUAUAAUGAUUAUCAAUUCUACCGUGGUAAUGAUAUACUCAAUGCUGCACUUGAUCAAUUACUUCAUACAUCAUCACAACAUACAACAAUCAAUUCGAUUGAUGAAAUAGGUAUGACUAGUAAUGAUAAAGUAUCAAUUGUCUCGGGACCAAAAAAUGUUAAAUUUCUCAUUCCAUUAACACGAUCUGGUAUAACAUCCAAUGAAAGUACAUUUGGUGUUAUUGAAUCAACAACACGAACUAUAACUCAUGUUAAAGAUCUAUUUCCUGUAAAUCUCACUUUACAAUCUCAAACAACACCAAUAAAUAAUGACAUAGAACCAAGUACACCUUCUUCAUCUUCACAUUUAACAACAAUAGCAUCAUUAUUUAGUAUUGAACCUCAACAAACAGUAUCUCAUAAUGAUAGUGAAGAAAUUCCUUUACUUCCUCUUGAUAAUUCCAAUGAUAAUUGA